UAUGUACAGCUACGUGACCGUUGGGGAAUUCGUUGCAUUCCUAAUAGGUUGGAAUCUGAUUCUAGAAUAUAUGAUUGGUACUGCUGCAGGAGCAUCCGCUUUGUCGGCUUGCUUCGAUUCGUUAGGGAAUCACACUAUGUCGGAGAGUCUGGAGGCUAACGUUGGUACGGAAGUUUCGGAAUCUCGCCCCAUAGGUUUAGUUCAUGCUGACAAGCAGAAUUGGAGUAAUUUUAGCCCUUAUGGACCAUCUGGUGUAUUUUCCGGUGCUGCUACCUGCUUUUAUGCGUUCAUCGGCUUCGAUAUCAUUGCAACAACUGGAGAAGAAGCAAAAGAAGCUAGUAAAAGCAUCCCAAAAGCUAUUAUAUCUAGCUUACUCAUCAGCUUAACUGUUUACGCGGCUAUUAGCAUAGUUUUAACCUUGAUGCUGCCUUAUAACGAAAUUCACACCGAUUCUGCCCUGAUGGAUGUCUGGGACCAGAUAGGAGCUCCACCCGGUAUAAAGUACGUGGUUGCUGUUGGUUCAAUAGCGGCUUUGACAGUCUCUCUCCUAGGCUCGAUGUUUCCAAUGCCUAGGGUCAUAUAUGCUAUGGCUCGUGAUGGUUUAUUAUUUAAUUUCUUGUCGGUCGUUAAUAAAAACACUGGAACACCUUUGGUGGCAACUGUAAUAACUGGAUUUAUAGCUUCUCUUUUAAGUUUAUUGGUAGGCCUACAAGUGUUGGUGGAAAUGAUGUCCAUAGGGACAUUGCUUGCCUACACUCUAGUUUCAGUUUCUGUAUUAAUUCUGCGCUAUCAGCCGGACGCUCACGAUCUGGAGAAGACGAAGACUGUCAUCAAGAGAUUGGAUCCAAUUAGAGAAGUGACGCCGCCAGUGACGCCGGCUAGUGACGCUUCAUCGGAGAUAGAACAACCUUCAAGAUUAUUGGACGAAAUCGAGCCCCCCAAAUCAUACGGAGCAAUUUUAGAAAAGUUACCAUUCGACACUGAAAAAUUACAGAAUGGAGUCGUGUGGUUUGAGACUAAAACGAAGAAUGUUUUAUUACAGUUUGGCUUUCCUGACGACGAAACAGUCGCUACAGAAAAAACAGCUAGGACUGUUAUAUUUCUCGUCGGCUGUUUAAGUGUUGUACAGUUUUCAGCGUGCUUACUAAUUGUCUUAGGGGCAGACGGUUUAGCAUCCGGCCAGGCUAUGUUAGUUAUUCUUUUAAUUAUAUUUAUUUUUGCAAUGAUUAUCUUUCUGGUUCUUAUAAUGAAACAACCACAAAACAAGAGAAAAUUAGAUUUUAUGGCUCCUAUGGUCCCUAUUCUUCCUGCGGCAGCUAUGUUCUUUAAUAUAUAUCUAAUGCUAAAACUACCCCCCUUAACUUGGGCUAGAUUGGGUGUUUGGCUAGUAAUUGGUGUUGCUAUCUAUUUUGGUUAUGGUAUGUGGAAUAGCGUAAAGGAAAAGAAAGACAAUGAAAGAGCUGAGGAAAUGAAAGAAAAUCACCAACCCACACACUUCGAUCCUGAAAUUGCGAACAAAGAUCAAACUAGAAUGGUUAUGAAUGAUCCUUGGACGCCAUCUAACGACGUUCAAAACGGAGAAUAUAUUCCUCCGCUUCAACCUGUAAAAGCAGAUUUUCAACAUAUAACUAAUUAUCAGUAA